CGAGAUAUGUUGAAUGUUGAUGCUUACCAGAUGUUGAAACUUGUCACCACGUCUGCCUCUAGGCCUCCACUCAACCAUUUUUUUUGUUGUCUUCUGAUGUCUUUUUCAUUCCAAUUUCGCAGUGGCAGAAGACAGCGGAUACGGUUGCCGUGUGAGACCUUGCAGAUCGUCUGCAAGUGGUGUCAAUUAAAUAAUCCUGAUUUCUUCUUCUAAUUUGGAGUGGAAAUUGGUCAGUCGAAAUAUGCCGUAAAUAAUUUAAAAUUUUUUCCUUGUCGAGCGAAACUAUUUGCAGUAUUUUUGUUUUUUUAAUUUCACACGAGAUAUUUGGGGAAUAAUGGAGAAAAAUGUCUCGUGGAAUUGGACUAAAAUGUAUUUGUUUUCUGUUUUGUUUUGUUUGUGGUCGGAGUUCCUUGCAACAACUGCUCAACUGCCUUCAGGUUCUGUUGAUCUUCUGAGAGCAGUCAACAUCAGACAAGAGCCAUUAGGUGUCAAACAGUCGACGGGCAUGUGUGACAACAGAGCAACAGGAAUAGACAACGACGGCAAUCCGAUCUAUGGAGCGCCAGACAUCGCUUAUGGUAUCACAGAAACAGCUGUACUCACGACCACAACUUCACAACUUUUUAAAGGAGGUUUUCCAUAUGAUUUUUCAAUAUUGGCAACAAUUAGACCGAAUCAGGGAUCUGAGGCAUUCCUCUUCACCGUUUACAACAAUGCUGCUGAAGAACAGUUGGCGGUUGGAAUUGGCGAGAAUAUCACCUUCAUGUGUAGAGAGAGUCAAGAUGUUCCUACAUUGACUGAAGUCUCUUUUCCGGUUUCUGUGAAUGAUGGAAAGUGGCAUAGAAUAGCCUUGGGUAUCAAAGGAAACUCUGUGACUCUUUUAAGUGAUUGUGGUGAUCAGAUCACGGAAUCACUAAAUCGAACUGAAGAUGCUUACACAGAUCUGACAGGAACGCUUCUGAUUGGUGUACAACUUGUUGACGGUGUGUAUUACGAGGGAGAUAUCCAGCAGCUUUUGAUUAUUCCAAGUCCGGAAGCUGCUUAUGAUCAAUGCAUAGACUAUAUGCCGGAUUGUCAGUUUCCUCUGCCUUACACAGCCGGACCUGAAGACACAGUUUUUCCUCGAUUACCCGGAUCGUCGAAUGAUGAUGAAGAUGAGGACGACGACGAUUUUACGGAUUAUCCUUAUCCCGAUUUAACUCCGGGAGUUUAUACCAAUUACACUCCACCGGAUGUUGGAAGCCCAGGUGGUGAAAAUCCAGGAUAUCAUUAUUACAAUGUCCAGAGCUUACCUGGUCCUAGAGGAUAUCAGGGACCACCCGGACCUCCAGGUGUUAAAGGAGAUAAGGGAGAUCAAGGAAGAGAUGGUGUUAAUGGAUUGGAUGGAGCUUUAGGCCCACCUGGCCAUAUCUUCAUGAUACCAUAUCAGCCACAAGGAGAUAUCAAAGGACCGGAUAAUGCGGAACCACUGAGACAAAUGUUGAGCCAACAUAUGUUAGCUAUGCGGGGUGCGACUGGACCUGUGGGUCUCACAGGACUUCCUGGACCUGUUGGGCCACCUGGUUUUCAGGGACCCAAAGGGGAACCAGGUGAACCUGGAGAAGAGGGUCCCCGCGGCCUCCGUGGAAUGAUGGGACAUCCAGGUAGAGCAGGUCGAAGGGGUUCAGGUGGCAGAGAUGGAGAAAGAGGAUCACACGGACCUAUCGGAGCUAAGGGAGAAAUAGGAUUGCCAGGAAUGCCGGGACUGCCAGGAGAGAAAGGUGAUAGGGGAUUUACAGGAGCACAAGGGGAGCCAGGACUGAUUGGACAUGAUGGGCCGCAGGGUGAAGAAGGCCAGCCUGGUCCUCCUGGACUACCAGGGGAUAUGGGCCCUAGAGGGUUUAUAGGACCUAGAGGUUUUCCAGGAUUACCUGGACCACCGGGAAUUCCUGGUUCUGAAGGCUCACCGGGACCAAAAGGAAAAGAGGGCCCCGCUGGUCAACCUGGACAGCCUGGUCAAAGUGGAGCUGCUGGACCUAUGGGUCCACCAGGGCCUCAAGGACCUUUAGGGCCACAAGGCCUAACGGGGCCGAGAGGGAAACCAGGCCUUCCUGGCUUAGCUGGAGCGGAUGGUUUACCGGGUUUAUCUGGUGAACCUGGAAUUCCUGGAGCCAAAGGAGAUCCAGGUGGUCCUGGACCACAGGGACCCAUGGGAUUUCCCGGACAAAGAGGUGUUAAGGGGGACCAGGGAGUGAGAGGAUCUGCUGGUGAAAAAGGAGAAAAGGGGUCACGUGGUUCAGAUGGACAAAAAGGGGACUACGGACCUAAAGGAGAUCAAGGUGUACCGGGACCUGAUGGUACAUCCGGUAUUGAAGGCCCUGAAGGACCAAAGGGCUUUGAAGGUCCAAGAGGAGAAAUGGGGCCACCUGGUCCAACUGGUGAAAAAGGAAAAAUAGGUAUACCAGGAUUUCCUGGUUAUCCUGGACAUCCCGGGGCAAAAGGUGAAAAAGGUUUUUAUGGAAAACCAGGUAAAAAGGGCGAUAAAGGCGAAAGGGGACACGUUGGGCUACCUGGUGACCGUGGACCACAGGGACCCAGAGGAAAUCGUGGAGUUCGUGGAAGACAAGGCAAAACAGGACCACCAGGAGAUAAAGGAAGUACUGGAGAACCAGGUUCCCCAGGACCUCAAGGAGAAAGAGGACUACAAGGCGUUCAAGGUCAAAGAGGUUUCGCCGGUCCUCCAGGGCCUCCGGGAACAAGAGGAAAAGAUGGAGCACCUGGAAUCUCGGGAGAAAGAGGACCACCAGGUGAACCUGGUCCUAUCGGACCACCAGGGCCGCCAGGAGUUGUGGGACCACAAGGACCAGCAGGAGAACCUGGACCUUCAGGUGAUAUCGGACCAUCGGGUAUUCCAGGAGUUCCAGGAGAACCUGGAUUGCCUGGACCAUCCGGUAAAGAAGGGCCUCCGGGGCCUCCCGGACCACCAGGAGAAAAAGGACCUGCUGGAGCUGUUGGACCACCAGGUUUUCCAGGAGAUCGAGGACAUCCUGGACCAGCUGGGGCACCAGGAUCUAAAGGAGACAUUGGUGGACCUGGAAAUCCAGGAUCACCAGGUGAAAAAGGUGCUAUGGGUCUGCCGGGAGACGCUGGUCCACCAGGUGACAAGGGGCGGGACGGACCACCAGGAUCUGUUGGACCAUCAGGACCUAAAGGAGAUAAAGGUGAUUCUGGUGCUCCUGGACUUAUGGGAAGAGACGGAACGCCAGGAAAUCGUGGACUUCCGGGGCCACCAGGGCCCGCUGGACCUGCUGGGGAAGAUGGUGACAAAGGGGAUAUCGGACCAGGUGGUCAAAGAGGACCUAAAGGCGCUAAAGGUGAUAUUGGUCCUAUAGGAUCUGCAGGCCCUCAAGGACUUAGAGGAGAACCAGGACCACAAGGACCAGAUGGUGAACGAGGAAUGCCAGGGCCCAUUGGGGCAAGAGGUCCAAAAGGAGAAGACGGACCCACUGGUCCUCCUGGACCCUCCGGACCAGCAGGAUUACAAGGAUUGCCCGGACCUAGAGGUCCAAAAGGAGAUCGUGGUGACCAUGGAAAAGUAGGACCACCCGGACCAGCUGGACAACCAGGAGAACCAGGACCACCAGGUUCAAAAGGAGGUGAAGGCAUUGCUGGUCCACCAGGACCUGAAGGAAAACAGGGACCAAAAGGUGAAGAUGGUCUCCAAGGAAUACCAGGACCACCAGGGAAAGAUGGGGAACACGGACCUAGAGGACCACCAGGACCUAAAGGUGAAGAUGGAAAAAUGGGAUUACAAGGACCGCCAGGACCAAGAGGUCCACAUGGACCUGCAGGUCCAAAAGGUUUGCCUGGAAAUCCUGGAUUUCCUGGACCCGCAGGAGAACCUGGAACUGUUGGACCUAAGGGUUCUACUGGAAAAGAUGGAAGCGAUGGAAAUCCGGGUGACCCAGGACCCAUUGGUCCACCUGGAGAGCCUGGUAAAAUGGGAGUGGCUGGUGCACCUGGCAAACCGGGCCCAGCAGGACCUGCCGGCAAACAAGGAGACAUUGGACUCACAGGGGAAAAAGGAGACAAAGGGCCAGUUGGACCACCAGGAGACCAGGGACCCGUUGGUGCUCCAGGUAACCCUGGACUGCCAGGACCUUCUGGUUUAAGAGGAUCACCUGGACCAGCGGGAGAUGUGGGACCACCUGGUCAAGCUGGUCCUCCUGGACAACAAGGAAAUAUUGGUUCUCAAGGCGACAAAGGUGCCAAAGGUGAAAGAGGAAAACGUGGUUUAAAAGGACAUAGGGGAGUGAUUGGUAGAGCAGGUAUGAAGGGAGCACCGGGGGAAAAAGGAGAAAAAGGAGAAAGGGGAAUACAAGGACCUCCAGGAAUGAAAGGAGACACUGGACCACUAGGACAGGAGGGAAUGAAAGGAAAUGAUGGCCCACCAGGACAGCCAGGUUUGGAAGGUCCUUCUGGUCCAAAAGGUGCUCAGGGUCCAGGAGGUCCGAAAGGUGAAACCGGUCCAGCGGGUCCAGGUGGUCCACCAGGUCCUCCAGGUGAAGGUCCUCAAAUUCCACCAGAAAUUUUGUUCCAAAGAGAUUAUCCUUAUUUACGUCACAAGAGAAGCGUCGACGACAUCGAAGAGGAUGACAUUUUCCCCAAAAAGGAGGCGACGACGGGUCAGACCGAAGAGAAGGCCGAAACACUCCAAGACAAAUUGCUGAACAUGUACGCCAACAUCUAUAUCAUGAGGAAAGAGAUAGUGCUCAUAAAGAAACCUUUGGGGACCCGGAAGAACCCGGCAAGGACUUGCAGAGAUUUGUACCUGGGACACCCAGAUUUCCAAGAUG